GGUGUGGGGUGGGAUCCAGUGCCUUCUAUUUUCUGAAUUUUCUUAAUUUGGAAGUAGAAGUUGUGGAUAUAUGAUUGUGGCUAUCAGUUGAGAAAAGAAGUGUUAUUUUCCUCCAACUAUUUCCACUACCAGUUAGACAUGUUCUGCUCAGGUGCAAAGUCGAAACAUCACAGUGAACUUAAAAGAAUGAUCCUCUGUUCUUUUGGUAUUACGAAGUUGAAUUUUUGUUUCCAGCAUGUGCUUUUGUGGAUGCAAAGAAGUUGAUAGUGGAAAAUACUUGGCAGAUAUUUGUGGAAAAUUUCACCUUUGUUUAACUUUCUUGUUUUUCUCUGUUUUUGUGGACCAUCUGUUGUGUCAACUUCAUACACAAUCUUCAUUGUUUUGACUUGCAAUUGCUCUCCUUCAUAUCUCCUUUCUUGUCCUGUUCAUUAUCAUCUUUCACUACAGAUUGCGCUCUUCUCAAGUUUCAUGACUGGUUUUGUGUUAAUAGGUAAGAAUUUUGUCUACUCGUCAGUUAUACAUUGAUGAUUCUUCACUGACAAGAUCAGUGACCCCUUUCUUAUUAUAAAAUCUACAAAAAUCUAGAUGACCCUGUUCUUUCUCAUUUCUUUCUUUUUUCUUUCUUUCUUCUUCCUAUUUAUUAUCUUUAGUUUGAGAGACUUUCACUUGUUGAAAGAGGCGGCUGAUGAGCAACUAGGUCCACUAUAAGCACGUCAAGGGAGACAAGUAAACACUGAGUUAUUUCAAAAGCACUUUAAGCUACCUCUAUCAUCAGUACAAGAAGCAUGAACUCUUCAUCUACACAGUUUGUCGCCUCAGGAAGGAUGGGUAUGUAUGAGCCUAUCCAUCAGAUUGGUAUGUGGGGAGAAAACUUUAAGAGUAACGGUAUUUCAAAUGCAUCAGCAUCAAUUUUUAUAGCGGGCAAUCUAAAUUCUUCUCAAUCAAUACUAAUGGCAGCAGACACAAAGCUGGACAAUCAGUCAGAAGAUACUUCACAGGGUACUCUUGGGCCUUCUAGCAAAUAUGAUCUAGAAGCAAGUAAACCAAUGGAUAAGGUACAAAGACGUCUUGCACAAAACCGUGAGGCUGCUCGUAAAAGCCGUUUACGGAAAAAGGCUUAUGUUAAGCAGUUAGAAUCAAGUUGUUUAAAGCUGAUUCAAUUGGAGCAGGAGCUUGAAAGGGCUAGACAUCAGGGUCUAUAUAUUGGUGGAGCAGAAACUAGCCAGAUGGGGUUUGCUGGACAAAUAAUCUCAGGUAUUGCCACUUUUGAGAUGGAGUAUGGACGCUGGUUGGAAGAACAAAAUAAACACAUUCGCAAUUUGAGAAACGCUAUAAAUACUCAUUUAAGUGAUAUUGAGCUUGGCGUACUCGUAGAAAAUGGCAUAAACCACUACUCUGAACUUUUCCGAAUGAAAGCAAUUGCUGCUAAGGCUGAUGUUUUCUAUCUCAUGUCUGGAAUGUGGAAAUCAUCAGCAGAAAGGUUUUUCUUGUGGAUAGGAGGAUUUCGGCCUUCAGAGCUGCUUCAGGUUCUCAAGCCUCAGAUUGAGCCCUUGACAGACCAACAACUUUUGGAUGUCUGUAACCUUAAACAAUCAUGCCAGCAGGCAGAAGAUGCUCUUUCACAAGGUAUGGAAAAACUCCAACAAACUCUUGCUGAGACUGUAGCAGCUGGUCGAUUGUGUGAAGCAAGUCAUAUGCCACAGAUGGAUACUGCAAUGGAGAAGUUGGAAGGUCUGGUCCGCUUUGUUCAACAGGCUGACCAUCUUCGCCAGAUAACUCUGCAGCAAAUGUCGCUGAUAUUAACAAUACGUCAAGCAGCUCGAGGUCUGCUUGCCUUAGGGGAGUACUUCGAACGACUACGAGCUUUGAGCUCACUUUGGGUUACUAGUUCUCGUGAGCCUGCCUAGCUAGCAUUGCAUUACGAAGAACCUAGCAAGUGAAAAUCACAUGGCAGCCAAAGGUGUCCGUACGUGUGCCUUUUGGUAAUGGUGUUGUAAACCUAUAUACAGACAUAAUUCGAGCUGCUGACAUUUUUCAAGCAGCCUUCCAGAAUUGACAAGUUGUAAAUGUAAGUAGCCAUUAUAUCAAAGAUCGAGAUCCUAGUUAAAUCAAAAUUUCAAUGCCUGUUAUAUGCUGUAUUGUUUUCAAAGGAUAAUAUAUACAUUUUGUUUCCAGUC